GAACUCACUGAUCUACAGUAUCUCCUCGAGUGUUAUCUGUUCUAUCUUAUCACGCCUCAAUCGUUCCCGCAUUGCCAUAUCCAGAAUGGCGCACGUCACUCCCGAGGUUGCUUUAGCCAUCACACGCCAAAAGGCGCGCUACGGGAGAUACGCCGACACGAAACAGUGGGACAAGUUUGCUCAAGACAUCGCUCUCCCCGAUGCACGUUUCAGCUUCUACGACACUGAGGGAAAGCUUCUCGUCGCGGGCCCGCAGUCAUUGGCAUUCGACUCUGCCAAGGGAUGUGCCGCCUUCUUCAACAAAUUCUUUGCGCAAUUCCAAACGCAGCAUAAUUUCAACCCCGGGGACUUUGAGCAGGUUGGGCCUGACGAGGUUAAAGCCGUUUUCGGCAUGGAGGAUCAAAUCAUGUCCAAGUAUUUGGGUGCAUGGGUUGAGAUCAGAGGAGGCGGCUUCUACCACGAGACCUGGAAGCUUGUCGAUGGGGAGUGGUACCUUCAGGAUCUGAGGCUGGAGCGUACCUAUCAGAAGGAGACUGUUCUCGUCAAGAUUGGAUUGGCUGUUGCAGCCUCUCUGCAAGCAUCGAGGGUUCGUCUCCGACCUCUCACCCUCUCUGUCCCUACUCUGCAUACCUAG